AAAUAGACCCCAAACCCAGAAAAUGUUUACAUAAGCGCAACUUCUCUUUGCAAACAAACCCUAGCAGCAGCAGCAGCAGCACACUUCCUCUUUACAGAUCAAGACUUGAUGGCUCCAAAGAAGGAAAAGGCUCCUCCACCGUCAUCUAAGCCCGCCAAGUCCGGUGGUGGAAAACAGAAGAAGAAGAAGUGGAGCAAGGGAAAGCAAAAGGAGAAGGUGAACAACAUGGUUCUCUUUGACAAGGCCACCUAUGACAAGCUUCUUACCGAAGCACCAAAGUUCAAGCUCAUCACUCCUUCCAUCUUAUCCGACAGACUUAGGAUCAAUGGAUCUUUGGCACGAAAGGCAAUCAAGGAUUUGAUGGCAAGAGGUGCGAUUAGGAUGGUGUCUACACAUGCCAGUCAACAAAUCUACACCAGGGCCACUAAUACUUGAGAGAAAUGUUAGGGGUUACUUGUUUUCUUGAGACAAUGUUGAAGCAUGAUUUUCUUGUUUUCUCCCUCUAGUUUUCUUUAUUGUAAGAUUGAGUACCUUUUUUUGCCAUCUUAAAAGGCCUCCAAUGCUAUAUUAUCAGACUUAGUUGUGCA